AUGAAUGAUUUUGACACCCUGGAGAGCUGUCACAACUGCAGCUCCGUCAGCCUCCCACAGGUGGACAUAGUGAAGGCAGUGGCUUUGGGAAUAGUGCUGCUGGUAUUUGCUGUGUUUGGAGUCCUUGGCAACAUCCUGGUUAUUUUGUCUGUUUUGUUACAUCGCCACUGGCGAUCGGUGACACAUUACUUCAUCGCCAACCUGGCAGCGGCAGACCUUCUGCUCAGCUCUGCAGUCUUGCCUUUCUCUGCCACCUCUGAAGCUCUGGGCAGGUGGGUGUUUGGACGGGUCUUCUGUGGGGUCUGGGCUGCGCUGGACGUCCUCUGCUGCACCGCCUCCAUCCUCAGCCUGUGUGUGAUCUCUAUUGACCGAUAUCUGGCGGUCAGCUAUCCUUUGCGCUACCCUGCCAUGGCCACUGGGCGACGAGGCCUGACGGCAGUUGCUGCUUUAUGGGGUCUCUCCGCUGCCAUAUCCGUAGGUCCUCUCUUUGGUUGGAGGGAGCCGGAACCCGAAGAUGAAACUGUGUGCCGCAUUACUGAGGAGCCAGGCUACGCUUUGUUUUCGGCGCUAGGAUCUUUCUACAUUCCCCUGGUCAUCAUCCUGGCCAUGUACUGUCGAGUGUAUCACGUGGCCAAGAGAGAAACAAAGUCUCGGAACAGAGGCAGCAAAGACGAUACUGAAGGGGUGAUGCUCCGAAUUCACAGAGGAAACAAUGUUUCUGAAGGUACAUCGGAAGGCAAGAAGGACAAUGAGCCAAGACGUAAAGGUCUCUCCCUGCUAAAGCUGUUGAAGUUCUCAAGAGAGGAAAAAGCGGCAAAGACCCUCGGCAUUGUCGUCGGGUGUUUCAUCCUGUGCUGGCUCCCUUUCUUUCUGGUGUUGCCCAUCGGCUCCAUCUUCCCCUCCUGCAAGCCAUCAGAGACUGUCUUUAAGAUCACCUUCUGGCUGGGUUACCUCAACAGCUGCAUCAACCCCAUCAUCUACUCCUGCUUCAGCCAGGAGUUCAAGAAAGCUUUUCAGAACGUGCUGCACGGACGGUGCUUGAGAACUGUGUCACCACCAGCUAUCAAACUGCAAGGACAGCAAACCGGCCAUUCCACACGCGCCAGUCCCGCUCUCAACAACCCCACCCCAAAUCAUGGCCCCGAUUCCUGGUGGGGCUGCUGUACGUCACUAACAACUUCAUCGACAUCUGUGGCAGAAGCAGCUCAAUCUCAGAGGCCGGAAACUCAGGGGCAGCGAAUGCUGAAGACCUGGUGUUUUUCAGCAAGAACAACGCAGGAAGGAAAGGAACCCUCCAACUAUGGCUCAACAAAAGUCUUACACCUUUCACUGGGCAUGAGUGGGGAGGCAGUUUGA